AGCAAAGCUAAAACAGGCUUAUCAGUUUUGCCAGAAGGUCAAAUUGGAAAACUGCAAGUGCUGAAAUCAGGACGCACAAGAUUACUAAUCGGAGAAAAUAGUUUCUAUUUAGACUUUUCUAAUUCCGUAAAAAGCAAAAAUGAGGUUGUAUCCAUACAAUUAAAUGAAAGUGAUAAGGAUAUCAUAGUCCUUGGGGAUAUAGAUCAUAAAGCAACUGUCGUACCCGACGUAGAUAAACUUUUAGAAUCUAUAAGAUAGUCCUGUUUUUAAUUAAAUGUUGGCCUUAUUAAUUGAUGAAAAUUUUAGUAGAUAAAGAUUUUAAUGCAACAUAUUAUUGUUGUAGUAUGUAAUUUAAAAAAUUCUACUCUUUAAAUAAAUUUCCUAAUUUAAGAAAGAAAUCUUUAAAAUAAAAAUACUUGCUAUUUCGUUGUACUUUUUAUAAAACUUGUAUAAAAUUUUAUAUUUUUUUAACAAAGACCUCUUUUAAAAUGUAUUUUAGAAAAUCAUAAUUAUCAUAAAUCAAAAUUAUCAUAAUCUGUUUUCCAGACUUAAGACUUUUUUCAAUUCAUUUACAUCGAUGACAUCGUCAUUUUGUAUUCAAAGCCCUACAACCAUUAUUUUAUUUAUUUCUAAAUAAGUAACUAUUCAUUUAUUAUUUUAAUAAUAUAUGAUUUUAUUCAAAAUCAAUUUUAAAUUUAAAUUCAUCCUCAAAAUUUUGGAUUUUUAACUUUUUAUUUAUUUUGACAUCUUCACCAUUUUAUUAAGGCCAUUAAUAUAACUGUUAAUUAACAGCACUACAUUAUGCAUACAUAGACAGGGUUUAAUAUUAAUGAUUACACAUUAAUAUAGUUCAAGUUUCUCAAUGAUCUAAAAAUUAAUCAUUCUCAUUUAUUUUUUAUUGUAAAUAAAAAUAAAAAAAAACUUUUUAUACACAUGUUUGUUACAUUAAUAUUUUUCUUGAAAUAAUUCAUUGAAUGAUUCUUCAUUUGAAUAAGCUAGAAGGUCUUAUUAUAAAAAAGAUGUUCUUUGUAUAUUCUUUUUUCUUCUUCAUGUAAAUAAAGAUGAAUUUUUUAAAGUAA